AUGCCCGGUAGCAGGCGGAAGGGGCCCAGCCUAAAGUCCGCCGCCCUGAGGAGGCGGAGCGGCGGCGGCGGCGAGGAGCAGCUCACCCGGCAGCGGCCGGCAGAGCCCCCCACGGAGGAGGCGGCGGCUGGCAGGGCGGAAUGCGGAGCGGGCCGAGGCUUGCCCGCGAGGGAGGCUCCGGUCGCGCCCCGGCCGUCGCCGUCGCGGGAAGCGGCGGUGCAUGGCGCUGCAGAGUCAUGCCAACAUAAAACACCAAAGAGAUCGUUGAGCAGGAAAUCCCGAACGCCUACUUUCAGCUCUCCCAUUAAUGACACCGAUAUACAGCAAGAAAUCUUUUGGGAUCCUCAUUCACCCAUUGCGUGCAGACUAGGCAAUGGAAAAACCAAACAGUUUGCCAGUAGAUGUGCAGUGGAAAUUUCAGAAAUUGUUAAUCGUAUUGCUCCUCAGGAUGAAAAAGCAGCCUGUAAUGAAGGCUCCCUUCUAGGGACAUGGAUUGGGGAGGAUGCUAUUCCCUGUACACCUGGAGCAGUCAAAGUGCGAGCUAGGACAAAGUUAAGUUGUACAAGAGAUCUUAAGGUAAAAAAUCCUGAAGAGGAACUCAUGAAAUUGGCUAAGGAAUUCGAUAAAAAUCUAGUGGAGCUAGAUGCUGUUCAGGAACAAGAGAAGCUUGGUCACAAUGUCAUCCAGACCAUCUCAGAGACUUCAAAUAAUUCUAAAGAUGAAGUAAAUGUGAAGAGCCUGAAAUCACUCCUCGGUGAGGUUCCUGACACAGAUACUGCUCUCUCCCUGAAGCCAGCUGGCCAGAGCACUGGCAUGCCUGCUGCAGAGUCCUGUCCAUCCAGUAGUCAAAAUAUAGACCUUGAGGCAGAAAUAGCACUUCGUGCUCUCUUUGACUGCUCUACCCAGAAAUGCAGUGGACAGUUGAGCCAAGAACUAUCAAGUAUUUCUUUAAAUAAUAGUUUCCAUGAAAAUAAAGGCACCUUGGAGAAGGAACACCUGCCUGAAGAAAAUAAAGACAUGCAAAAUGGUAACUCAGAGGCAUGUCAAAAAGAUACUCUCUGUGGACUAGAAAGUGGGAGCAAGACUUUUCCAAAACCUGAUAAUCGCACGUUGACAAAAAAAAUUCCUUCUGCUUCAAAGACACAGUUAGUGGUCUCCAGCAAGCUUCCUGGAGUAGAUAAUGAUGAUUUCGAUGACUGGGAUGCAGAUUUACUGGCAGAUGACUCUUUUAUGAUGCAAAUAACCCAAAAUCCUGAGUUGAUAAGUACUGAAGAAGCACCACCAAUUCCUACAGAUGCAUCUGUGCAAGGUUUCAGUGAUGCUACCACAGCAAAGGAAAGAAGUAGCUGCAAUUCAGUAACUUGUCUGGGGAGUGUACACAAAUCUAAUAGUUUGCAGUCUUCACCUUUGAAAAACUCUAGUAAAAACACAAAAAAUACUGUAAAAUCUCUUUCUUUACAAAAGCCAUACAAGAGAGAAAACCCCAAGACAGAGCCUACAGCCUUUCAUGGCAAAUGUGAUGUUAAACCAGAUAAAAUAAAUUCUAUUUGGAAAAGUGCCCAAAGCAGUAAUUUGAACCAUAUUCCUGUUUCAACACAAGCUAAAGUGAAGAAUGGGAAUGAAACUAUUCAGCCUAAGAGUGACCCUCUUGCUGGUUUUUCUUUGAGAUCUAAUCCUCAUAAACAAUGGAUUGAAAAACCUGGGAAGAGCACACACAAUAUUUUUUGUCAAUCAUCCACUGUUUAUACCCAUACAAAACCUAGUGAUGCAACUAAAGUGGUUAACCAAGUUAACAUAGAUUGCUUCAAUCAAAUUGAAACACCAAAGAAAUGCCCUAUGUCAUUUGAUGACUGGGAUGAACCCAAAUUCUCUGAUGAGGUGUUAGAUAUGUUUUGUGAAUCUGAUAGCCUUUGGGAUGCAAACUGUGAGGAUGAUGAAUUGUUGUAUCAGGUGUGUGAUGAUAUAGAAAAGCAGAAUCAGAGCGAGAGCAUUAAACAGGGAAAUGAAAGAGCUAAAGCUGUACAAGGAGCCAGUAAUAAUUCCAGAUCAAAUGCUGAUUUCAGCUUCCCAGCAUCUAAACACGGACUACCUGACCUCUUGUCACAAAAGACGAGUGCAAAAAAGGAAGCUUUCUCACUAAAUGAUUCCUGUAGGAAUUCAUCAAAGGAUGCACCAGGACUAGCCACAACAGGGCAGGUGGUGAACUGUAAGAACAUCUCAAGUCCUGCACCUGUGAUCUCGGGUACUUCCAUGGAGUGUAAAUACACAUUACUUCAAAACUGUCAUCAAGCUGCUUCUGAAGAUACCACAAAGACCGUUUCAGGAAGGUGGUACAGGUCAAAUUCUGUGCCAGCAGGUUCUGAAUUAAGUCCUCUUAAUGCAGUAAACAGUUUUAGUACGAAGACAUUAGACAGCCCAGCUCUGUUGUGUAAUACAGGAAAGACACCAAGUAACAGCUCUGGUAACAAAACAUCACUCGUGCCUUCAAAGUUUAAGUUCCGAAAGAUUAACAAUUCUCAGAGUGCUCUUCAUCUAGGGCCUGAAAACCCAGGGAGUCACUCAGCCAUUGGAGUUACUCUGCAAGCUUUGGAAGGAAGCAACAAUCAGGUGAACAUGACUUUGCACAGCAAGCUCGACAAUAAGAAAUCGCCUUUCAAGAGGCACCUCUCAGAGUCUUUUGCACUGCCUACAUCAGUGUCCGUGGUGGAACAAAAAAAUAGAAAAUGUUCUCAAGAAGAGAUUGAAAGGAAAAAACAAGAAGCCCUUGCACGAAGAAAAUCCAGAAUGCAGGCAUCCUUUAAAGAUGCUUGA